AUGUCGCUUGACCAUCCCUCGGUGAACUCCCGGUUUACUCCAAGGACUCAUGCGACUCCAAGAAAACACCACAAGUACGACGUCGACGACGUUCCUUCACAGCCCUUCAAAAUAGGGUAUCAGAAGGUGACUCUCGAUGUUGACUUGGCCGAACAAACGGUGCAUGGUGAAACAGAAUUGACGGUUCUUCCGCUCAAUUCAGGCGUGCGACAGGUGAAACUGGACUGUCGUGGAAUUCAGAUCCAGUCCAUCACGGUCAACGGGAAAAAUGCUAGCUAUUUCUACCAAGACUAUUUUCAAAACGAUGAGUAUCUAAACGACACCGACAACCCAGUUUUGCAAAAUUAUAAAUACGAUCCGACGUUCGACACGCAGUCGGAAACAAUUGGUGUUUCCCAACAUCAUCUGUACAGAUCCAAGUUCUAUCCGUUAUUUUCUGAUCAAAAUAACCAAGACGACUCUGCAUCGUCGUAUCCUGAAAAUACGUCAGAAUUGAUCGUCUACGUUCCAGACUCCAUAAAACUCAAGCUACAAGACCCCUCCAAACAAAACUUCUCGCCAAAUGUGAAUUCGGUGAAAACUCACACGCCAGUCAAUACAAAUGCCUUGAUGAAUUCCGAUAAAGUGUACAGUCCACUUAACGUGAAGAUUAAUUACGUGGUGCGCAAUUCCAAAAAUGGACUCCUGUUCCAUGGAGGUAACGGAACUACAAUACCAAAAGACCAGUGGUAUUGUUAUACGUCCAAUGAUAACCUUGGCUGCAGUGCAAGCUCAUGGGUUCCCUGUAUCGACAAUUUCUACGAAAAGCCAGCCUGGGAUAUUAAUAUAAUUGUUCCCAAGACAGUUGGCGAUAUUGGCGAAACCAAACUAGUUGGAUCUGAAGCUGCAGCAAAGGCUUUAAAACGGUUUGACGUUGAGGAAGAGGAAGAGGAAGAGGACGACCAAGGAAACGCAUCCACCGGGCAAGAACAGCGCAGUGAAACUCCUAUAGUUGUUGCUGUUCCUGAUUUGAUCAGCUCCAAAGAGCUGGCAUCUCCAUUGGACGUGGGCAAGAAAAUAGUGAAUUUCCAGUUCUAUAAUCCAGUGUCACCUCACCAUCUUGGUUUCGCGGUUGGUGCCUUUGAGCAAUGCUCGAUAUUGGAUGUUAAACCAGGAACUGACGAGUUGGUUCCUUCGACUGCUCUUGCAAACUCCGCAGAAAAUGAUAUUAACAACCCUGUGAAUUUCUCGGCGGAGUCAAACUCAAGCAAAGUCCCAACAAUGCUGUACUAUCUUCCUGGGCGCAAAGAAGAAGUUUUGAAUACUACAGUGGCCAUGUACAAAAUGUUUGAUUUCUAUUCGAAAGAAUUCGGAUCGUUCCCGUUCCCGAGCUACACCAUGGUGUUUAUAGAUGAUAUGGUGUGCGACACUUGUGGAUUUGCUGGAAUGACUGUUGUCUCAUCGAAACUCUUAUAUGGUCCGAAACUGAUUGAGCCUGUGUUUCCUGUCACCGAGAAAUUGGCCGUUGCUCUUUCGGAACAAUAUUCUGGAGUCAACGUGCUACCAAAGUCGUUCAAUGAUUUUUGGCUCGUUAUUGGUAUAUCCUACUUUAUGGCUGGUCAAUUCUUGAAAAAGCUUUUUGGUGUCAACAAAUACAGAUACGAGGUCAAGCUGAGAACCGACAUUUUGUGUGAGGUUGAUGUUGGACAGCGGCCCCUUGCCAACCAACUGUUCCGGUUCCCGGUCAGUAUUGACCAGGACAUGAAAUUCAUCAAGUUGAAGGCUCCUCUCAUCAUGUUCGUGUUGGACAGACGAAUGACAAAAACUGACAAGUCCUUUGGAUUAUCACGGGUGAUCCCAAAGAUUUUCUUGCAGGCGAUGUCCAGCGAUCUUGUGAACGGCAAUUGUCUCUCGACUGCCCAUUUUCACCACGUUUGUGAAAAGGUUGCACAUCACAAGCUCGAGUCUUUCUUCCAAAACUGGGUUCAUAGCUGUGGAGUUCCUGUCUUUUUGGUGACACAAAGAUUCAAUAAAAAGAGGAUGUUCAUCGAGAUGAGUAUCCGACAAAUUCAAAGGGACAACAAGCUGGAUGCCGACGACGAGCUACAGCUGAAAUCAAGUGCUACAGAGAGACUUCGUAAGCAGUACCAGCGGGACAAUUUUGUUGAUGACGCAAACAAGUAUCUUUCAGAGGAAGAGGCCAUGACUGUUCCUGGUGUCUUCACAGGACCAAUUACUAUUCGUAUCCACGAAGCUGACGGAACUCCAUAUGAGCACAUUGUCGACAUCAAAGACGCAGUGACAAAGUUGGACAUCCAGUACAACACCAAGUACAGAAGAUCCAAGAGAAGAAAGGAAGAGGAUCAGGAAGAAGCCGAAAGAAAAGAGCGUGAACGUGAAAAGAGAGAACGGGACAAGCUGAGAAAGGAAAGAGAGAAAGACAAGUUGCGUGGUGAUGAUGAUGAGCCGACCGUGAAGAAAUUGGGUGACGUUUUCAUGAAACCCAAAGAUCUGGAAGAUUGGGGAUUUACUGAGAAACAGAAAGUGGAAGAAAACGAUUAUGAGAUCUUGGGAGAUGCGUUUGAAUGGCUGCGUGUGGACGCAGACUUUGAAUGGAUUUGCAAGGUUCACAUCAAUUUGAACGAGAAUAUGUUUGAGUCGCAACUUCGUCAAGAUCGAGACGUGGAAGCCCAGCUGGAAAGUGUCAAAUUCUUCUCCGAGUCGUUGAGACCUUCACUCUAUUUUGCGACUGUGUUGAUGAGAACAAUCCUCGAUAGCAGAUAUUUUUAUGGUGUCCGAGCAGAAGCUGCACUGGGACUUGCUAAAUUCUCCAAAGAGGACAACGACCAUUUGGGUAUGCGGUUUUUGUUGAAGGCCUACAAGUACUUCUUCUGCUACAACAACAAAAUCACCCAUGGGUAUCCGGAGUUGGAGCCAACGGAGUAUUUGCCUUUACCAAAUGACUUUUCUGAGUUCAGCAACUAUUUCGUGAUGAAAGCCAUCGUUUCGGGAUUGUCCAUGGUUACAAAUAAGAAUGGAGACAGUCCAAUUGAGCUGAAGGAAAUCAUGCUCAACAUUUUGAAAUUCAACGACAAUAACAACAACUACUUGGACGACUCGUUCUAUAUUGCUGAGUUUAUUAAUUGUCUCACCAAUCUCAUGGUCAGUUCCGGCAAGUGGAUUCCGAAUCACAACGAGUCUCAUGUGGAGAUGGAUCAGAGAAAUAUUUCGGAUCCUACAGAGAAGUUCCUGAUUGGAGCCAUGGUGGAAAUUAACAGAUGUGCCAAAAUGGACCAAUGGUCACCAUCUUACGAGCAUAUUGUUACCACCACCAUGAUCCACGAAAAGGUGAGACUCGCGUCUUUGGGGCUGGUUGAGUUGUCAUACAUUGACCUCAUUCCUUAUACAAGACCCAAUUAUGACGUGAAUAUCCGGUUGAAAGCGUUUGAAGGACUUUUACUUCUUGGAGGACUAAAGAACUCGCACAUUUUAUCGCUGUUCUUCACCACUUUGAAACUUGAUACGUCACACUAUCUCAAGUACCAUAUGGCUCUUGUUCUGAUGAAGGCUGUAGGCUCUGCGGCUGUGGAUGGUGUCAUUUCGAAUCUGGAAGACGACGAGUUCUUCAAUGCUAGAAAGAACAACCCAGACGACCAAAAUGGCGGGCUUGUGAUUGUGGACGAGAAUGGAGCCGGCGGCGACAUGAGUGCAAGAAGAGACCAGCUCUCUCGACUGACGAUGAAAGGUGCGCUUGAAGUGUUGAGACGGGAUCUGGGAAUUGGAUCGGGACUACGCAAAGAGCUCUGGGAAGCUCUACACUCGUGUUUGUUGUCUGUGAGCGUGAAAAGGAACCUGUUUGAUAUCACAGAAGUGAUUUUCCCAGCCAUUGACUCUUACAAGGUCACUACCAAGCUGCCGAAUGAGAGAAAGCUCGUUGCCAAGAUCACUGAUGUUAGUAUUGAGCCACAGUCCGAGACUUUUAAGGUGGUGUUCAAGAGACAGGGAAGAUUCAAGCUUCAAAUCCCAACAAUCAAGUUGAAGGUGACGGACAAUUCGAGCUCUCGGUCAACGUUGAAAUUGAAACGGUCGUCGAUUUCAGAGCCAGCAUUGAAACCUGCGAAAGCUCCAAAGGAGAAAUUUGAGGUCAAGUUCAAGUAUAGAAAGCUCAACUCGACUACGCGUAAACGCGUUGCCUACGACAUUAUCCAUCAGGACGAAGAGUUACCGCUACGCUAUGUCAAGUUCAAGAUGUUUGAGAAGAAAGUUAUUGUCUCUAGCGACGAGAACUUUGGAAAUCCAAACACGUUUAUCGUGAAACUCAAGGUUGGAGACAAGCUACGUAACCUCAUGGGCCCAGUGAAGCCUGAAGUUGUGGAAGAAGUUCCUCCGGCCGGAAACGGUGUCCAUGAUAGUGUUCCAGAAACUGCUGCUGUGGCUGCUGUGGUUGAACUGCCUACGCCUGCUCCCGAGGAUACUUCUCUGCCAGCAACCGCAAAUGGUGAAAAGCCUCCAGAAACCAAGAUCGAUGGACCCGUUGAGAUCCCAGCCGAGGUUCCAGCCGAAGACUCGGUUGAAACCGCUGCGGUCACCGAGCCUCCAGCACCAUCGGUGGAAGAGCGCAGAGCCGAGAGCGCCCCGGUGGUAGCCUCUGAAGCUGUCACUGAGCCACCAAAGGAGAAAAAACAGAGCUCGGCGUCGCCAGCUCUGCCAAAAAUAAAGUUGAAGCUGAAAUGA